GCCCGUUUCAUAGACGCUGAAUCGAUUGAAUGAUCUUCAUUGCUAGAACUUACACAAGACUUGCAGAUUACUAUCUUUUCUGAACUAACAACCUUUUACAAUGAAGUAUUUUCAGUAGAAUAACUCAAGACAAGAUAGAAUUAGCCUCUAAAUCAUCAAAAACUGUUACUGAUAGUCAAAAUUUAAGUCUAUCUCUCAAAAGUGUAACGUGUUCUUGUAGGAAUGAAGAAAUAUUUGGAUGCUACCAGCACAAAGCUCAGUAGGGCUUUGCAGAAAACAAAUGAAGUCAUAGGAAGAGCUGAAACGACAGAAUUCGAUGAGGAUUUUGUCUCACUAUUAAAGCAAGCAGAAUCCACACAUGAAGCAUCUAAGCACAUUAUGGGGGCCAUCGAGCAGUGGAUCAACCCAUGUGUCUUAAAAAAGUUCGAUGAUAUCGCUUGCAAAGUAGAAAGUAUGGUCACAGAUAAUAAAAGUUAUUGGCUAAAGGUUCCUGCAAAGUUACCUGCCGAACAUCUUGGAGAUACACUACUCAACGCAGCUGUUGGUGUCGGAGCUGGUACUGCAUAUGGUGCAGCAUUGUCACAAUGUGGCGAGUACAGUCGUCAAAUAGCUGCAGCUGAAAGUCAAAGAAAUGCGAUACUAGAAAAGAAAACAUUAUGUGUAUUACAUCAUUUUUUGGCACUUGAAUGGCCUGAAAUACAAAAAGAACUUAGUCAUUUGGAGUCGUAUCGUUUGGAUUAUGAUAAAUUAAGAAGUAAAGUGAAGCAUAAUGAACAUCCAGAUCCUGAAACUUUGACAAAAAUGGAAGACGCUAAAACCGUUCUUUAUAAACAACUAGAAAAAACUAGAGCUAAACUACAGCAGGUCAAGUCGGUAAAUUAUGAACAAAAUGACUUAUAUUAGGAAAUGAAUUAUUUCUCAAAAAUUCUGUCCAAAUGAGUUAAAGUAAACAGGGUUUUUUAAUAGUCACCAUUUUUGACUUUUUGAGACACUUCUGAAUGAUGGAUAGUAAAACUUACGUUUGGAAUGGUUAAUUCCUACUAAUGCACUUUUGAAAAAAAUGUGUAAAUUCCCUUAUUUUUCAUAUAUAUCAUGGUUGGUUGGAGCGGGGAUGAAACAUUGUGCUUUCUUUUGUCUUCACGUUAGUUGAGUCAUGCGUGAUUGUGUUGGGAUAUUCAGAAGAAUAUCCCAAAAAUUAUUCUGUUAAGCCUAAUGCUAUCCUUGGACAUGAAAAAGGUGUCAUCCCAUUGGUCAACAUUCAUUUAAUGUGUCAUUUUCCUACUGGUCAAUAUUGUACAAUGUUAUUUUCUAUUUUAUGGUACGAUGUGGUCUGCUUGAUUAGUAUAUAAACAGAGUGUGUUUGAAAUAUAAUGAUUCAUAUAUCCGAGGCUGAGACUUGCGUUCUGGACUCAACUGGCCGGGCUAGACAGGGAAGCGGGACCAAUCAGAACGCUAGGCCGUUCUACGUGUUUGCACGUCUUUGGUCCGAUCAAUAAUUCUCUAUCCUCUAAUCUGCUGCCGUCACAGUUAUAGCAGAUUGAGAGCUUAAUACAAGUUUGAUUAAAGUAUAUUUGUGUUGCGUUUACAGAGUGCAUUAAUUAUUGUAUAAACUUUUCUAAUUGCGUAGUUAGUAUCGUUCUACUAGUAACUUCGUAAUUGGAAUCAAUCUUAAGAUUGUUAGCAUAAUCCAAUCAAUAAUGAAUCACUAGAAGCCAAAUAAAAACAAAACUAAAAACGGGUUUACCACUUUUAUUUAAUGUCCCUAUAUAUUCAUAUUCAUAGUUCUACUUGUUAAAAAAUAUGAAGAAUGUUAACCUGAUGACCAAAAUCUGGAAUACUGUAUAUUUUACUACUAUUCAGCUUAAGAUUUUAUGGUUGCCGUCUGAAACCGGUAAAGAUUUUAGCAUCUUAACUAUCCGGUGUGAUUGACGCAACAUUAGCCUAUAUCUUAAGAAUACUAACAACCUGUUGAGAUGUGAAUGUUAUUCAGAUCUAUCAUUCAUUGCCUUUCAAGUGAAUAUAUCCGGAUUACAAAUAAUCUCAUUCUAUACCCAUUGUCAGUAAAUUCAAUGACGUUUAUUUAUCGGAUUGAUAUGUUUUUGUUUUCACAGGACUCUAAUAUGAUUGCACUAAAAGAAUUUGUAGCAGCUCAACGAACUUAUUUCAGUGAAUGCAGACAAAGGACUGAAGAAUUGUCUGCUCAAAUGGAACGAUUGAAGUAAACAUGUGUUUUUCGGGAAGAAAAGAGAUUAGAAUAAAAUGAAAACAAAACGCCAAUCUUGUGUCUUCCCUAUGCAACAGUCACUCUAUACAACUACUCUAUUGAAGCUCCAAUAAUAAAAAUGAUUUUUCAGGCUUUUUAGUCACAAAUUCUUCGUGUUUCUCAUCGAUUUAAAAUUACUCGUUUUUUUUUCUUGGGAUGUUAACAUACUUUUGCCGUUCAGUGUAUAUUUAUAUUAAUGUCUAUAUUAUUUGCCUUAUAACUUUCAAUAAUAUCAAUAAUUACAUUAUUGAAUUCAAUAAGGAAUUCACUUAUUUCUUUUCAGUACUUUCAUAGCUAUUCUUGGAUCUAUAUUUGUGUACGUGUGUUUUCUUUUCUGGUUUAUGUGUAUUUUCAUACAUUUAUUGUUUUUUUUGGGGGGAAGGGGUAAGUUGGUGUUGGUUGAUUGAAAAUUUAUUCAUUCUGUUAUAAGUAUGACUUCUAAGUUCCUUAAGUGGUAUUAAAACUUAUGGGUUAUUUUAUGUUAAGUGUUUUUAUCUUACUGACCAAACAGUUUUCUGGUUUCACAAAGUAUAUUUAGUUACCAUCAGUCCAUAUUGGAGAUUAACUUUGUUAUUUUAUACAACAGAGAGAAGCAAAUCAUGAAUGCUGG